CCUCGGCCCAAGCCGCAUCCACCCCCAUUCUCACGACUCACCCCAUGUCACGCCGCCCUCGAUAAGAUAUACAUUGGACCUUGGGUCGUCCUUCUUCUUCCUCUUUUUCUCCCCACAUAUGCCCAAUGCUCCUAGAUAAUGCCCUCCGCCGACUUCGCCGCCGCCCAGGAACGCAUCGCAGCACGCCGCGCUCAACGCGCAGCUCACACGCGCAGCCAUCUCCAUGAACCGUCCUCCUCCGCCCGCGCAGUCGCGCGACUGCCCUAUCCACUGAGCAGUCUCGGUCACCUUGGGAUAAGCUCCUGGGACGCUGUCAAGGGGCGCGAAGGCACGCGACCCGAAUUCCGUGUUGGACAGGUGGAUGCAGAACUCCUGGAUGACGAACUGCUGGAGCUGUUGAAGAGCCAAGCUGGGGAAGGAUUGAAAUACUUCGGAAGUCACCUCACAGAUUCCUACGCAGCAGAAAUAUUGCUUGGACUUCGAUUGGUACUUUUCAAAUUGAGCAUCUGGAACAACAAUGCCAGCUACGGAGCUCAUCUCCAGGGAUUGAGAUACACAGACGCGCGAUCAAACUCGCCGUCACGACCGCCGCCAAAACCAUGGCAGAAGAUUGCAUACGGAAUCCUUACAGUCGGUGGACGAUACGCUUGGACAAAGUGGGAGGACUACCUACUCGCGACCUCCGAGGACUACACCACCCCUCAGUCGCAAUCCCUCAAGUUCGCAACGCGGGUGACAGAGCGCUUGAACAGCAUCCACGACAUCGCGAGUCUGGCAUCCUUCCUCGUAUUCCUCGUGAACGGCCGAUACCGAACACUCACAGAUCGCAUCCUCCGUCUGAGACUCACACCAACAUCCCACUCGACGAGCCGCGAGGUCUCCUUCGAAUACCUGAACCGCCAACUAGUCUGGCACGCAUUCACCGAAUUCCUCCUCUUCCUCCUCCCACUCGUCGGCAUCUCCCGCUGGCGCCGCAUUCUCUCUCGCACAUGGCGCAAGCUGAAAGCAAACGUCCUCCACCUCCUCGGCCGCUCCACAUCCUCAGACGAUGAUGAUGCAGAGACUAAGAACGGCGAGCUUGGUUUCCUCCCUGAACGGACAUGCGCAAUAUGCUACAAAGACCAAAACCCCCCCGCAACAAGCGAAGCCGACGUCCUCGCCCAAUCCUCCGGCGGCGGCAUCACCGGCUCCUCCGCAACCGACAUAACGAACCCGUACUCCGCGAUCCCAUGCGAGUGCAUAUACUGUUUCUCGUGCAUCGCGCAGCGCAUCGCCAACGAGGAGGGCGAAGGCUGGACCUGUCUGCGCUGCGGCGCCACGGUCAAGGAGUGCAAGCCGUGGGACGGGGACGUCAUUGAGCCGACUGUUCGGUCGCAGGCACAUGAGCAGGGCGGUUCCGGCGGCACUGGAAAGACGGUUGGUUUUGCGGCGCUUGGCGGUGCUGCUGCUGCUGUUGCUAUGGAAGGAGAGGACGAGGACGAUGAGUUGCAGGAGGUUGAUCCGAUCCCCGAGCAGGAGGAGGAUAUUUCGGGUGCGACUGCUAGUGAGGAGGGCAGGUUAGGCCUCGAGGGCACGAGGGGAUUGGAUCUUGGUGAGAGUUUGGCGCUGAGCGAGAGCCAAGAGUGGGCGAGGGCUAGCGAGGACAGGAGCAGUGAUGAUGAGCAGAGUGAGGAGUAUGACGAGGAUGAGGAGGAAGAAGGGGAGGAGUUGGAUUACGAUGCUUGAACGGCUCGGUCCUAGCAUGCAGGCGUUAUCACGAUCGUUGACUAGCAAGUAGCUUUUCGCGGUUGGUGAAUGGUUAUUCGGAUUUAUUAUUGUAUUUAUUGGAUGGCUGUCUACUCAUGUAUAGCCUCUACAUUCAUAUUACGCCCUAUAAGGGCAAUCAUAGUGCAAUAAAGUGUUGUACAAGUCAACCUAGU